GCAGCCCCUGCAUGCGCCUCCAACACCAGCAGCUGGAAGAAGAGGCUGGAGAGCCCUCUCCUCCUCCUCCUCCUCCUCCUCCGCCGCCCAGCAGAGCCCCUCACUCAGCCCAGGUGAGGAGCAGCAGGAGCAGACCAUGAGCAGCUCCAAGAGUGGCGAACCAGAGCCCAGCCCCACCGACCCCAGCCUCCCCGAGGAAGAGGUACGAACACUCUUUGUUAGUGGCCUACCUCUGGACAUCAAACCCCGGGAGCUCUACCUCUUGUUCAGACCAUUCAAGGGUUAUGAAGGCUCUCUUAUUAAACUCACAUCCAAGCAGCCUGUGGGCUUUGUUAGUUUUGACAGUCGCUCAGAAGCAGAAGCUGCUAAGAAUGCUUUGAAUGGAAUCCGAUUUGACCCAGAAAUUCCUCAGACGCUACGGCUAGAGUUUGCUAAGGCCAACACGAAGAUGGCUAAGAGUAAAUUAGUGGGAACACCAAAUCCCAGCACUCCAGUCACCCCCAACACUGUACCUCAGUUCAUCACCAGGGAGUCAUAUGAGCUCACAGUGCCUGCACUUUACCCCAGUAGCCCUGAAGUGUGGGCGCCGUACCCUCUCUACCCAGCGGAGUUAGCACCUGCUCUACCUCCGCCUGCUUUCACCUACCCUGCUUCACUGCAUGCCCAGAUGCGCUGGCUCCCUCCCUCAGAGGCUACUUCUCAGGGUUGGAAGUCCCGUCAGUUCUGCUGAAUACUGUGUUCCAGGUGUGUGAUGGCGGCUACAAUCUGUCUUGUGGGUAUUAAUGCGUUCUUCCUGAGUCGCUACUGGCAUCUUACCUUCAUCUUCAAAAUGACAGUGUGGUGGGCUUGAAAAAACCUCACACAAGCUUGAAUUCCUUCAAGACUUUGCCACAGCCUCUAUCACACAUCUGCUUCUUAGAAAUAAAAGACAAAUAUUGAGUAGUAAUAAUGUGUUCUUCUACACUGUAUAAAAUUUUAAGGAAGAGCACAGGUUCUAAAAAGCAUGGGGGGAACAUCUGGUUUGAAAAAGUAUUUUCAAGCAGAGUGACAAAGAGAACAAGUAUUUUUAUACCAAGCAUUGUUAAGUAGAAGGGUUUUAUGCUGGUUUGGAUUACUGAUUAUGUGCUUGACUUUUGAAUGCAUAUAAUUAAGUUUUCUCUUUUUCCUUGUCUUUUUAAGCUGCAUGUUCAAAGCAUGUUUUUAAAUUUUGUUCAGAUUUUUAAAGUGUAUUGUUAAAAUAUAUGGACAUUUUGGUUUAUCUUGGCUGGCAGCCCGAGAUGAUGUGGGUAGAACAUGUGAAGUGUUCCUGUGGUAUAUGUACAUGUUUCUUCUAAUUGUGCCAAAUUAUAUUGAGCAAGACAAUCAGAAAUACAACCCUUUCUUUGUAACUCUAGACUAUUUUACAGUUUAUUGUGCUGCAUAUUAGCAGAGCCUGGCAUCUGGUUCACACUAUACUUUCUCGAUGUGGUCACAUACUUGGAUACAUAACCGCAUGGAAAAUGCAUACUAGAGGACAGUAGAAAGCCAUGGCAAAAGUUAGGCUCAUUUUCAGUCUUUUUUGCAUUUAAGCACAAUUGCCUAAAUUGCAAGCACAAUUAGGAAAAUGGCUGCAGUUGUGUUGACAUACCACUUAGGUUCAGACACAUCUCCACAUGCAGUUAUGUAUCCUGUAGCAUUACAUGGCAGACAAGAAUAGAAAAGACCAUUUUUCAUCUGUGAGAACCAGUCUUGAAUAGCUGGGCUUUGCAUUAAAUAUUUUUGAAUAAGCAAGUUGGUAACCACUGUACAAUUGACUUGUUAUGGAAGAAAUGUAUUUUUGACAUGUAGUGAGUUAUAUCCUUGCUCCACCUAGCAGGUGGACAGGUUCCACUAACUUGUUGACAGUAGCAUUGCCCACUGUUCAUCUGGAAAGCAGAAGGUCAGGUGGAACAUUGAUGGGCAAUGCUUAAUUUCAGUUGUUGAUAUCUAACAUUAAGUUAGGCAGGUGGAGCAAAUACCCCACCUGCACACUUCCAUGACUAUACACCUUUUGGACAGGUUGCAAGGGGCUGUCCUUUUUGUGCCCCCUCCAAAAUCUUCCUUCACAGCUGUCAAACCCCAGGAGGGCCUUCCUGCUUAGCAGUGGGAAUGGAAUAGGGAGGCAAGUGCAAUGAUGAAGAACCAUCUUGGCUCAACUCUGAGGAGGAUGCAAAUGGUACUGCAUUCAGUUGGGAGUGCACCCUCAUAUCCAUCUCAGAGCUACAUUAUCUGAACUACCUCCCCCUUCCUCUCCUCCCCACCAGCAAGUACCACUAGCCCCUCCCAAGGCUUGACAGCUGUGAGGAUGAAAGUUUUGGGUGUCCAGCAAAGGGCUAGAGGAUAUCACUUUAUGCUUCAUUCUAAAAGAGAUGUAGGUGUAUGUAAGCCACUUAGGUGUGUCCAUGUCAUUCUGGAUUCUGGCCUUUAUAUGAGGAUCACAUUCUGUGGUAGGAUAUUGUUUGCCGGAGUAAAUGUCAGGAUGCCACACAAGUUACUCAGGCCUGGGUCUUCAUUUGUAGAUCAUUCCUAGUUCCUAUUUGGGGAGCAUGAAGGUGCCACUUUGUGGAUCCAGAGAAAGAAAUUUCCAUAAAGAACCAACCAGUGGCAUUGCUGCCUUGGCAUGUUUUUUCCCCUCAUGUGGGUCACUAGAACUUGGACUCUUUCUACACCUGCCUUUGGAAAUAGCACAAAGCACUAUUGCAUGUUGUGUGGUCCAGCUCAGUCUGGACCAAGAUUAUUUGCCUUCCCCAAAGGCCACAUACUGUGUGUGUUGAGAGGUCCCUCAGCAUCCCUUCCAGUGGCAAGGGUGACAUUGGGCAUGCAGUACUAGAGUUCUGUGAUUUGCGUGAUGUUUCCCAGCACAAGGACACUUUCCCAGGGUGCUUUUCUCUUAGCGGGCUAUGACUCCUUGGUGGCAGAGCAAUUACUUGGGUUGGAAUGGAUGGGUAGAUUCAUCCUCCUCUGGUGUGAUUCAUGUCAGUCAUUUCUAAGUUUGACAUGCAGGACAAGUGAGCACAGAUUGAAUAGUCUCUCUGACUUUGUCAUGAAAUCAGUUAUAGGGUUUUGGUACCAUUAUUCAAUAAGCUUUGUAGUAAGAGCAAUAAAUCAGGCCGUGGGUAAUGUAACUAGACAAUUACUUCAUGAAACCCAGAGAGGUAAAAACCUGAACCAGAAUUCUACCAUUUUCUGCCUGAAGAUGAAUGGGCCCCCCCCAAAAGGUGUGCAGAUCCUUGCUGUAGUUCUCCCCAGGACAGUGAAUACUAUCAACAGAGCCUCUUGGGAUGAUCUAGUUCUUCUCAACCACUUUUCUAAGAUGAGAAUGAAAGGAAUUAAAUAAUCAAGUGGACAAUAAGAGUUGAAUCACUUCACCAGCAGUCAUAUUAUUAAUUAAAUCAUAGCAAUACUGCCUCAAAAGUUAUUUGUUGAGUUCAUUUGUUUUAAAGAGAAAAUGCUCUAGCUUUGUCCAGCUAAAAGCAGGCCUUAAGAACAAAUACCAGUUUUAAUGUAACAAAAGUGGGCAUUGCUUUCAGCUUGUUUUAUGUAUAAAUCAUUAGCUGGCCCAGCUGACCAGACUCCUGUGUCAUUAUCAUGGCCAAAGCUUCCCCUUCUGUACCAGGUGUAACUUUUCCUCCCUCCUGAUUCAGAAGCUCCACAUGCUAGCAGUCUCUCUUGCUGUGAACCCAAUCUCCUUUGCAUCUUACAGCAGGGCUGAGGGAUGUGUGGCCCUUUAAAUCUUGUUGGAAUGCAGCUUCCAUCAAUGCCAGCCAACAGAGCCAAUGGUGAGAGAUGUUGAGUUGUAGUUCCACCAAGUCUGUAGAGCCAUACAUUUCCUAUCUUUGCUCUACAUCUGCCCAAUUGCUUCUGAGUUUGACCAUAUGUGUUUGCUUAAUAAGGAGUUCAACUAUUUUAAUAAGGUUCAUUAUUUCUCAGCUAAUUGUCAAAUUUGAUUUGACAAUAAGCGACCAGUAUCUUAAAGUGAAUAUAAAGUGUGUUGUUGUCUCAAGAAAUCCAUAUGCCUAAAGCCUAUUGUUCAUCCCAGAUAGCGCAGGCACAGUGAAUAAAACACUAAAAGUAUUGGCAAAUCAAUACUUACGUGACUUUAUUUGGUUCAGUGAGUCUGCUCUAACUGGGAAUAACAGUACAAUUCACACCAAAGUCUCUAGGAUAACAAAACUACAGAAUGCACAUUUUUAAAAAGUACCCAUGCCUAGACAAAAAUAAAUGGAUGACUUGAAGAAGAUUAAAAUGUGACAAGGAGGUAUUUGAAUAGCCCUAAAAACUAUUGUGUGGGACUUACUAAGCCAAAAAAAAAAAAACCACCUUGAUUUGAUAAUGUUUUUUAUUGGCAAUGACUAAAACUGAAGAUGCUUCCAAUUUGUCUAUGAUGUUUUUUUAAAAAAAGUUGUUAAAAGGUACUUUUCUAUUGUAAUUUUCUAAAAAUAAAAGCAAUGAUUAUAACUUA